AUGGCCAUCCAGACUCAUUCAGUUCGAAGCGGUGCGCCGAGUCCAGAGGGCUAUUUCGCAGGGCAGUCCGAAAUAAACGACAAGGACUCGGAUGGCUCUCGCGGAUCAGAGGUCGCCUCGCCGUCGCCUUUGGAGCCCCCAAAUGGCGGUCUUAGAGCCUGGGCAUGUGUUACUGGAUCAUUCCUCCUUCAAUUCUGCUCUUUUGGUUAUGUGAACGCGUGUGGAAUCUUCCAACUAUACUACAAGGAUAUCCUACUCCCAGGCCAGUCAUCUUCAAGUCUGGCCUGGAUCACCACCCUGCAGAUCUUCCUCCUCUUCAUUCUCGGGCCUUUCAUCGGCAAGCUCAUCGACACUCACGGCUCACGCGUGAUCCUGGCCCCUUUCUCGGCCAUGGCAGUCUUCUCAGUCUGCAUGCUGAGCCUGUGUAAGACGUACUGGCAAAUCAUACUUGCCCAGGGCGUGGCUUUCGGUCUUGCGACAUCCGGCCUAUCACUGCCGGCCAUGACUCUCGCGACGCAGUGGUUCUCAACGAAGCGUGGGCUGGCGGUCGGAAUAGUCUCUUGCGGCUCGAGUCUUGGCGGUGUGGUGUUUCCUCUGAUCAUCCCAACUCUCGUGGAUAGGGUAGGCUUUGCAUCGGCUGUGCGCUGGGUGGCCCUCUUGCAGGGCCUUCUGCUCGUCAUCGCCAAUGUCUUGUGCUCAUCGCCUUUUCCGCCCAAGAGGCGCGGCAGCGGCCAGAACCAGGUGCCUUCGGCUGGCUUGAGGGCGUUUAAGUCCUUGCCAUGGCUGUUCUUCGUUUUGGGAUGCUUCUUCACCAUGUGGGGACUCUUUGCGCCGCUCAACUACCUUCCAGAAAUGGCCUCGCAGAAAGAUGUCAUGAGCACACAAAUGGCUCAGUACACUCUCGCUAUCGCCAACGCUGGCUCGGUAUUCGGGCGCAUUGUUCCUGGUUGGGCCUCGGACCACCUAGGCCAGUUCAACGUCAUGACGACCGUCUCCUUCCUCAGUGGCGUCCUUUGUCUUGCCUUUUGGCUUCCCCUGGAAUUCUCGCCAUCUUUUCCUGGCAUCAUUGUGUUUGCGUUGUUAUAUGGCUUCUGCAGCGGCGGUUUCGUGAGCCUCGGCGCGCCGUGUGUUGUCAGCCUGGCCGAGGGUAAGAUGGAUGAGAUUGGGUUGAAAAUCGGGGGCUUCUGCUUGGCCAUCGCCUUAGGCGCCUUGACAGGACUGCCGAUUGAAGGAGCUAUCAAGGAUAGUCAAAGCGAUAGCUUUGUUGGCCUGAUGAUCUUUGCAGGGGUCUCGAUGGUUCUAGGCGGCAUGUUCCACGGAGCUGCCCGCGUCUUGAAAGGUGGAUGGAAACCUACUACGAAAGUGUAA